AUGGCGGGCAAUGCAAGUAGCGACGACUUGGAUGAAAGAAUAAGGAGGUGUAUAAGGGAAGAACUUACAAAUAAUAAUGCUGGUGUUGAUAGAAACUCGAACCAGACACUAGUAGGACGAACACGCGAUUUAAUCAGGUCUUCAGCAACAUUUGCGUCCAGACAGCUCGGUGGAGUCACUGGAGGACUACCCAGUAGAAGUUCACAGCAACAGAAUAGUUCAACGUCGGCGGUUUCUGUUCGUGCUGGAAGAACCGACCGAAGCGUCCCAUCACAUCCUUUGCGUUUUCCUAAAAGAAAGCAAAAUGCCCCCGCCAAGAAUAGCAACAAAAAGAAUAAACAGACUAUUCCAAAAACUGUAUAUCUGUUAGACAAUAUAAGUGGCGGGGAUGACGAGGAUGCGGAGGUGGAUGAUUACGAAUAUGCCAUUAAAGAUGAAAUGAUUUUGUUGAAAGGAGAGUUUGAUUUGGAAUGUGAUGGUGAUGAGGCAAGUAUUCAGUCAGAAUUGAAAAAGGUGUUCUCAAAAAAAUUUCCAUUAAUAUGUGAUGAUAAUUUUGAUUUUGUCAAAAGAGACCGUAACACUGUUUGCACACCUGUUGUAAAAGAAGGGCACAAAUGGGACUAUGCUCAUGUGAAGCACUUGUGUGGGGCUGGCAAGCU